CACUUUCUCCAGAGUCACAACACCAGGUCAGCUCUCCACGAUCAAACCCUUAUUACAAACCGAACCUCAACACACGAUUGACCUUUGUUCCUCCAUCUCUAUCCGUCCAAAACGAAUUUUCCCUUUUCAUUUCUUGUAUAUAUCUCUUACAAAUUCCCCCAAGAUUAAGUUUUUCAGAUACCCUUAAGCCCAAAACGCGCUUUGUUGCAACAAAAUCUUCAUCUUUCAUUAGGGUUUGAUUGUUUUGUAAGGGUGUAAAGAUGGAAAAAGCUGUUCUUGAUAGUAUUAUUCGCAGGUUGCUUGAGGUUAGAGGGAGACCUGGUAAGCAGGUGAUGCUUACUGAGCCUGAAAUUAAGCAACUUUGUGUUGUUUCAAGAGAGAUUUUCUUGAAGCAACCUAAUUUGUUGGAACUUGAAGCACCUAUUAAGAUUUGUGGUGACAUCCACGGUCAAUAUUCUGAUCUUCUACGCCUAUUCGAAUACGGUGGAUUACCCCCUAGUGCAAACUACUUAUUUCUUGGUGAUUAUGUCGACCGAGGGAAACAAAGUCUCGAAACAAUAUGCCUUUUGCUUGCAUACAAAAUAAAAUACCCAAACAAUUUCUUCCUUUUGCGUGGAAACCAUGAAUGCGCUUCAAUAAACCGUAUAUACGGUUUCUACGAUGAAUGCAAACGAAGAUUCAAUGUCAAAUUAUGGAAAAUCUUCUCGGACUGCUUCAAUUGCUUACCUGUGGCGGCUCUUAUUGAUGAAAAGAUUCUAUGCAUGCAUGGCGGGCUUUCACCCGAUCUUAAUAAUUUGGAUCAAAUUAGGAAUUUAAGGCGGCCCACUGAUGUUCCCGAUAGUGGUUUGCUUUGCGAUCUGCUGUGGUCAGAUCCGUGUAAAGAAAUUAAAGGAUGGGGGAUGAAUGAUCGCGGGGUUUCUUAUACUUUCGGUGCUGAUGUUGUUACCAGGUUUCUUCAGAAACAAGAUUUGGAUCUUGUUUGUCGGGCUCAUCAGGUUGUAGAGGAUGGGUAUGAAUUCUUUGCAAACCGACAACUGGUAACUGUAUUUUCAGCACCAAAUUAUUGCGGAGAGUUCGAUAACGCUGGUGCCAUGAUGAGUGUCGAUGACACACUUAUGUGCUCCUUUCAAAUUCUAAAACCUGCCGAAAAGAAGUCAAGAUUCAACUCUGGUAUCAGUUUCUUCGGAAGCACAACUACUGCUAAACCUGGAAACACGCCACCUGGGAUCAAGCCUUAUAUGGGAGCAAGAGUAUGAGUUUAGGAGACCUAAACGAAUGAAGUGGACUCUCUCGAAGGCUAAAAUUCGAGAUAUAUAUAUAUAUUAUUAUAAGGGGAAUAAUUUUUACUUUUUGACGAGGUAAAGUCGAGGUUAAGAUAAAUUGAAAUGUUUCUUAGUUGCUAUCGAUUGUUGUAUUUUAGUUAUAUGGAAUGCGUGUUUAUAUAUAGAAUUAUGUUUCCGUAGAAAGAAAUUAAAUAAAAAGGUAGGAAGUUAGAUGGGCGUGACAUGUGACAUCUAACGUUGCAACGAAAGGAGAGAGAAAUGAGUCACGUGUCACGCCUACAUUAUUAACCCAUUUCUUGAUAAGUUAAGGGGAUAAAUAAAUUAUGGAGGUCUACUUUGUUAAUGUGUAUGCCCAUUGUAACUCAUUUCGUGUUUUGGUAGAUAUCUAAGCAUGUUUGUGUUA